AUGAAGUUAAAAGAAAUUCCACGCACAGCUACUUUUGCCUGGAGCCCUGGACAACAUUUACCUAUAAUAGCUACAGGAACUGUAGCUGGAGCUCUUGAUGCUUCGUUCUCAAGUACUACCGAACUAGAAUUAUUUCACCUUAAUCUUAAUAAAUCUGAUUCAGGUGUAGAAUUACAUAGUGCUGGGGUUAUCAAUAGUAACGCGAGGUUCGAUCGCCUUGUAUGGGGAGUUGCAAAUGAUAAAGCAUAUGGAAUUGUCGCUGCUGGUUUGGAAAAUGGGGAAUUAGAUUUAUAUGAUCCAGCAAUAAUUUUAGAGGGUGGAGACUCUGAAGAGGCACUUAUUCUAAGGAAUACGACACAUUCGGGAAAUGUUCGUGGGUUACAAUUUAACCCAUUUCAAAUUAAUUUAUUAGCAUCGGCAGCAACCAAUGCUGAGAUAUAUAUUUGGGAUUUAACGAAACCAGAUAAACCCUACACUCCAGGCACUAGGUCGCCAAAGCUUGAAGAUAUUACCCACUUAGCUUGGAAUAACCAAGUACAGCACAUCUUGGCAACCUCUUCAAACACGGGAUCUACUGUAAUAUGGGAUUUAAGAAGUAAAAAACACGUAAUGGACUUAUCAUUUGGCGGUUCAGUUGCAGCUGGAAAUUAUGGUAUGGGAAACAACAUGGCUCCUGGAAUGGGUACAGGAGUUCGAAGAGGUACAACUGCAGUCGCUUGGAGCCCGGAUAAUGCCACACAAAUUAUAACCGCAUCCGAAGAUGACAUGAAUCCUGUGAUUGUUAUUUGGGAUGUCCGUAACGCUCAUGCUCCUGAAAAGAUUUUGACAGGUCAUCAGAAGGGAGUUUUAUCACUUUCAUGGUGUCAAAGGGAUGCUGAUUUGUUAUUAUCAUGUGGCAAAGAUAAUAGAGUUUUGUGUUGGAAUCCUAGAACUGCUGAAAUAAUAGGAGAGCUUCCUGCAAGUUCGAAUUGGGUCUUUGACGUUCAAUGGUGUCCCGGUAACCCCGAUUUAUUUGCUUCCGCCUCUUUUGAUGGCAAGAUAAGUGUACAUUCUUUACAAUCCGGUCAAAGUAGAGAUGGACAGCAAGUUUUAUUAGAUAACAAUGACCCAUUUGCACAGAUAGCAUCAUCAUAUGAACCUUCUCUCACACUUAAGCAACCUCCAAAAUGGCUUAAACGACCUGUCGGAGUAACUUUUGGAUUUGGUGGCAAAUUAGUGUCGUUUAAUAAUAAAGUUGCCAUAGGUGCCGCUACUCAGAUAAGACGUAUCGUUACUAUUUCAACAGUAUUUACUGAACCCGAGAUUAUUCAAAGAUCAAAUGAACUCGAAUCUUCAAUCGAAUCAAAAUCUUUAGAUAGAUUUUGUGAAAGUCGAAGCAAAAGUGCGCCUAAUGAAUUGGAAUCCGAAAAUUGGAAAAUACUUCACACAAUGUUUAAUGAGAAUGAAAAUGCAAGAGAACAAUUAGUUAAACAUCUUGGUUUCUUAAAAUCUGAUAUAGUUACGCAAAUAUCUACUGCAAUAACGAAUAUGAAUAUAAACGGUUCUGUGAAUUUUGAAACACAAUCAAGUGUUUCAGAGGCAGUAAAUGAAGUCCAUGGUAUUGCGGAUCAAUCCGUUGUCAAAUCUGAGAAUAUAGAAGAACUUUUUUCUGGUCCAUCUACAUCUGCCGAUGCUUCGGAAUUCUUUAAUUCCGAAAUUAUUUCUGAUUCGUUCCCUGUUCAUAGUCCCACCUCAACUUAUAAAGAGCAAACAUCAUCUUCAUCUAUAAAUAAGGGAAUUUUUAAAAUAUAUCCUGCUCAAGAAUCAGAUGUGGAUAAGCUUAUUACGAGAUCUAUUGUUCUUGGUGAUUUUGAAUCGGCUGUGAAUUUAUGUUUAGAGUCGGAUCGAUUAUCAGACGCUGUCCUUUUAGCUGGUUGUGGCGGCCCUGAACUUUUACAACGUACCAGGAAAAUAUAUUUUGAAAGAAAGGCUUCUAAUAUCCCUUACUUGCGUUUGCUUCAAAGUAUUGUAUCUGAGGAUUUAUCGGACAUUGUAUAUAAUGCAGAUUUAUCCGAAUGGCAAGAAAUAGUAGUCGUUCUUUGUACGUUUGCACGUUCCGAAGACUUUGGCGGAUUAUGUAAUGCGUUAGGUCAAAGACUUGAACAAGAAUCUGGAGCUGAUUCAAAUGAUAAGUCAAAAGGGGCGGAGUUUCGGAAGAAUGCAGUAUUAUGUUACCUUGCGGCAGGAAACCUUGAAAAUGUGGUUAAAAUUUGGAUUUCCGAGCAGGAAGAAGAGGAACAAGCUGAACUAAAAGAUGCUAAUCAGGAUGAUACUAAAUCUUCUAGUUCUAGAUAUUCAUUCCAUGCCAAAACUCUUCAAAGUCUCAUCGAAAAGGUUACUGUAUUCCGUAAGGCCAUAGAUUAUGUUGACUCUGAUUUGGUUCAGAAUUUGGACGAUAAUACUACAGAAUCAAAUAAUAGAAUGUUUAAAUUGGCUAAGUUAUAUGACAAAUAUGCUGAGUAUGUUGAGAUCUUAGUAGCUCAAGGUAGACUGGCGACUGCUCUUAAAUAUUUAAAUUUAACGCCAUUGGAGUACAAAAAAGCGGGUGUGAAUGAUGUCGAUCCGUUAGCUGCGAUAAGAGAAAGGUUAUAUCAUUCAGGAGUUGAUGUUAGUAGUAUUAAAGUACCACCAGCGUUUCCAUUUGAACAAUUUUAUGUUGGAGCUGAAGGUGAAGCAGACCAUGCACUUGCUGCUACGGAGCAACCCCAGAAAUUACCAUAUAAUCAAUAUGCAUAUAAUGCUCCAAUCCAAAACCAAACAGGUUAUCCUUACCCGCAGCCUGCUUUUCCUGUUCAUGAACAUGCAAAUUUUGCUGCUACGGAACAACCCCAGAAAUUGCAAUAUAAUCAAUAUGCAUAUAAUGCUCCAAUCCAAAACCAACCAGUUUAUCCUUACCCGCAACCUGCUUUUCCAGUUUAUGAACAUGCAAAUUUAAUUCCACCCCCACCUCCACCAAUUGCCAAUACAAAUCUUCAAAAUACAAAUCCCUCUCCACAAGCAGAUGUUCCGGCUGUAUAUAAUAAGAAUUUGUCCAAUUGGAAUGAUCCGCCAACUGUAUCAUCAGCUCAGGCAGCAAAAAAGACUAUUCAAGCACAAGCAAACAAGCCAUUGCCCAUCAUAACUCCUUUCCCUUCAGCAAUUUCUCCUGCUCCACAAGGAACAAUACCACCACCCGGAGUUCACGGUCCAAAUCAGAAUAUACAGGGAGCUACUAAUUUGCAACCACCACCACCACCAUAUUAUGGAGCUGACCGUUCAACUCCCACUCCACCUCAAGUUGGUGGAUAUGGAGAUCAUCAAACCCCAGUCGCACAACCCGCCAGAACACCUACUCCAGCGAAGACUCCUACACCCGUAAAUAAACAUCCUGCUGGUGAUAGAACUCAUAUUCCAGUUACACAUAAACCAAUUUACGAUGUACUCUCUCGUGAAUUACAAAGAACUAAACAAUAUUAUAAUGCUGGAAUACAAGCUAGACAAUUAAUUGACAUAGAAAAACGACUUAAUGUGCUAUUUGACCAAUUGAAUAACGAAGAAAUUUCAAAUCAGAUAAUUGCGGAUAUUUUAAAAUUAGUUCAAGAAAGACGUGAUUAUGUUACUGCACAAAAUACCUUAAUUCAUAUAAUGACUUCACAUUCCAGUGAAUCAAGAUGGCUAGUUGGAAUUAAACAAUUAUUGAGUUUGAGUAAAAACGUACAAUAA